AUGCCGUCCCUCUUUUACUUGUCCAUCGGACUUAUUGCAUCUCCUCUUUCUCAGAUCGUUCGACGCCACGAGAAGAGUGAAAUGAACGAUUUGUUUCUCACCACGGUGCCCAUCGUGCAGUACAUUGAGACAGAGAAAGUGGGAAACGCAGACGAGGAAUCGUAUAUUACAGACGAUCAAGCGGCCAGCAUUGCGGGCGGAAGCAUUCAAAGUAUCACGGCGUCGUUUUCCGCCCCGGAGAAUGUUCACCAACAAAGCGUCGUGAUCAAGAGCGACUACAACAAGGGAUGGAUUACAGCUCUGUUGGACUCGCAUCCGCGCGUCCAAAAAAUCACAGGAUUCAUCACUCUGUUUAUGUCUGUUUUUGUUUUGGUGUUGAUCGGGUCCGGUGUGAUUUCGCGUAUCCGAGAGGGCAAGUUGUCGUACGGCUUUCUUCUCACCCAAUCGGCUCCGGACGAUACGUUGCUCGAUUUCAUUCUCUUCAGCCUUCAUGAAAAACACCUCGAUGUUCCAUUCUUUGGAAUGGUGGUUUUGUUCCUGGCGUAUUGCGUGAUGCAGGGACAGAUUUUAGCUGGAGUGCGCUUCUACAACUCCUCGCCAAAGCGGUUAAUGUACAUGAACACGUCCGCCGCCACGAUGUUGGUUUUUAUGUAUAACAAUGCAACAGCGAUCGCUUUUAUUCUUUCCCUGAUUUACAUCAUGGCGCCUCAUUAUACGAUGUUUGGGACGCAGCAAGUGCAGUUGGAAGGAACGUCGACGGUGGCUGCUUGUAAUAUUCUUUUGGCCGCGCAGUAUCCUGUGAAUUGUGAGCUCACAUCGGUCUCUUCUUUCUUUGUUGCUGCAGAGGCCGAGACCAUAGUGUUUGGUAUCAUCGAAAUUGUGUGUUGUAUAUUGUGGUUUCUGUUCAUCCUGUUCAUAAUGCUUUGGCCUCUUCUGUCGAACUUUUUAGAAAACCAACUCCCUUAUUCAAUAAUCACCUUGAUGAAUUCAAUCAAUUGGUUAACGCUACGCGAUCAUGUUGAAGAGUAUCGCCUCAAUAAUUCAAUGUCGAGUGUUUGUUAA